AUGAGUGCUGUGCCACAAUUCUUCUUCAGCAUUGUCCUGCUUGCUUUGAGGGAGUUGUGUUUGGCAGGAAGCUGGAACAAGUGUGGUGAUAUUUAUGUUGCUACUGACGGGAACUUCCAUCAUCGACAUUGGUGUUCAGCAGGUGAUUUGCCUCACUUCUAUGAUCCAUUUUACUUCUUACCGAAAGGCCAGGUUGAUGCAAUUGGUCAACAUAUUGAUCAGUCCUGCAAGUCCGCACCAAAGCUGCACGCACCACUCAUACCCUAUGAGGCUAUUGACUUGUGCAAGAAUUCAUAUGAGGCUGCAGACAGAAAGACACAAAAGGCAGCUAUAGAUAGCUUUGAUGACACUGGAGUCAUGACAUUGAUCUGCUGCCAUGACAUUCCUCUCUUCUUUGCAAACAUCAACACUCCAGGCAAACAGCAAAAAUAUUCUGUUGCUCUUAUUGAUCACCUUUUUACUUUAGUACCUCAAAGUGCCACAGUUGUCACCCUUUAUGAUGUGGGAUGUGUUCUCUCCUGA